CUGUCCCCAUAUCAUAUGCCCAUUAUUCCUAAUUCUACCAUCUGGAGCCAAGCAGAAGAACAUAAAAUUGAAACGUGGAGGGAACUUUAUUUACAAGAAACAUUUAAGCCUUUAGUGAAUAUAUCCCCAGAUGCAAGCCUCUUCGAUGCUGUAUACUCAUUGAUCAAAAAUAAAAUCCACAGAUUGCCAGUUAUCGACCCUGUCAGUGGGAACGCACUUUAUAUACUUACCCACAAAAGAAUACUCAAGUUUCUUCAGCUAUUUGUGUCUGAGAUGCCAAAACCUGCCUUCAUGAAACAGAACCUAGAUGAACUUGGAAUAGGAACGUACCACAACAUUGCCUUUAUACAUCCAGACACUCCUAUCAUUAAAGCCUUGAAUAUAUUUGUAGAAAGACGGAUAUCAGCUUUGCCUGUUGUGGAUGAGUCAGGAAAAGUUGUUGAUAUUUAUUCCAAAUUUGAUGUAAUAAAUCUUGCUGCUGAAAAAACAUAUAAUAACCUAGAUAUCACAGUGACGCAAGCCCUUCAGCACCGUUCCCAAUAUUUUGAAGGUGUUGUGAAGUGCAGCAAGCUGGAAACACUGGAGACCAUCGUGGAUAGGAUAGUAAGAGCUGAGGUUCACCAGCUAGUUGGUCAAAAGCAACUUGUACAAUAGCUCCUGUUUGCCUAU